AUGCCAGCCACCAACCAAGGAUGGCCUGAAGAUUUCGGGUUCCGGCUGGGUGGCUCCGGUCCCUGCUUUGUGCUGGAGGUGGCCGAGGGGAGCAGCGCACACGCAGGGGGCCUGCGGCCGGGGGACCAGAUCGUGGAGGUGGAGGGGGUGGCGGUGGGCGGGCUGAGCCGUGAGCGUCUCUUGAGCCUGGCUCGGCGCUGCCCUCGCGUGCCCCCCAGCCUCGGCGUGCUCCCGGGCCCGGAUGGCGGCCCCCCAGCCUUGACCUCAGCACUGCUAGCCGCGAGUUCCGGUCGCGGCCUGGCACUGGGCCGCGAGCUCCUGCGCGUGGCUGGCCGCAAGCGCCCCGAAUCCGUGCACCGAGAGCGCAGGCACAAGGCCCAGGAGUUCAGCAGAAAGGUGGAUGAAAUCUUGGGGGACCAGCCAGCUGCCAAGAAGCAGGUGUUUGCUGCGCUGAAGCAGUUUGCAGCUGAACAGCGGGUGGAUGACCUGGUGUGGGCCCUCACCCUGGUGCUUCCCCACGAGACCCACAGGCCACUCCUGGACAACCUCAGGAUCUUUAUCCCCAAGAAGCACCGGGCGCGCUUCGACGAGGUGGUGUCCCAAGGUCUGCUGGGCAAGCUGUGCCGCGCCCGCCGGACGCAGGGCGCGCAGAGGCUGCGCCGGAGCCGCAGUGAGGAGCGGCCCGAGCGCCUCCUGGUGUCCACGCGUGCCAGUGCCGCACCGCGCCGCCCGGAUGAGCCGCCCCCGCGCAAAGCUGCCUCCCUGCUGGGUGGCCGUGCCGACCCCGGGGGCGCACGCAGGACUGUCCGAGUCUAUAAGGGCAACAAGAGCUUUGGCUUCACGCUGCGUGGCCACGGCCCUGUCUGGAUUGAGUCUGUUUUGCCUGGCAGCCCAGCUGACAAUGCAGCCCUCAAGUCAGGUGACCGGAUCCUCUUCCUCAAUGGACUGGACAUGAGGAACUGCUCCCAUGACAAGGUGGUGUCCAUGCUGCAGGGUAGUGGCGCGAUGCCUACACUGGUGGUGGAGGAAGGACUCGUCCCAUUUGCCAGUGACUCUGAUUCUUUGGAUUCCCCCAACCCAUCUUCGGCACUCACCUCGCUGCAGUGGGUGGCAGAGAUCCUGCCAUCCAGCAUCCGGGUCCAGGGAAGGACGUUCAGCCAGCAGCUGGAACACCUGCUCACGCCUCCUGAGCGCUAUGGGGUUUGCCGAGCUUUGGAGAGCUUCUUCCAACACAGGAACAUCGACACCCUCAUCGUUGAUGUCUACCCAGUGCUGGACACACCUGCCAAACAGGUGCUUUGGCAGUUCAUCUACCAGCUGCUGACCUAUGAGGAGCAGGAGCUCUGCCAGGAGAAGAUUGCAUGCUUCCUGGGCUACACAGCCAUGACAGCAGAGCCUGAGCCUGAGCUGGAUCUAGAGCCUGAACCUGAGCUGGAGCCGGAGCCGACACCCGAGCCCCAGCCACGGAGCUCCCUGAGGGCCUCCUCCAUGUGCCGCCGCAGCCUCAGAUCGCAGGGCCUGGAGGCCAGCCUCAGCUGCGAUCCCAGUGACUGCCCUGAGAUGCCUCUUCCUCUGAUCCCAGGCGAGCGCCAGGCUGGUGAUGGCACAUCCCUCCCUGAGACUCCCAACCCCAAGAUGAUGUCAGCUGUUUAUGCAGAGCUGGAGUCUCGAUUGAACAGCAGCUUCAAGGGGAAGAUGGGGACUGUGUCCAAAUCCCGGGCCUCCCCCCCAGUCCCCAGCCUGGUGGGCACAGCAUCCAGGACCCUGUCCAACAUCUCAUGGCCCAGUGAGCGGCUCUUGCCCUCUCCCUGCUACGACCCGCUGUGCUCAGGGGGUCUGGCCUCCCCCAGCAGCUCUGAAUCUCACCCCUACGCCAGCCUGGACAGCAGCAGGGCACCCUCCCCUCAGCCAGGCCCUGGGCCCACCUGCCCUGACAGCCCCCCAAGUCCGGACCUGGCCCGGCCAUCCAGCCGCAGGAAGCUCUUCACCUUUGCACACCCUACUCGGAGCCGGGAUACAGAUCGCUUCCUAGAUGUGCUGAGCGAGCAGUUGGGCCCCCGGGUUACCAUCGUGGAUGAUUUCCUAACGCCUGAGAAUGACUACGAGGAGAUGAGCUUCCACGAUGACCAGGGCAGUUUUGUCACCAAUGAGCGAAGCAGCGCUAGCGAGUGUAUCAGCAGCAGCGAAGAGGGCAGCUCCCUGACCUACUCCUCCAUCUCGGACCACAUCCCACCGCCACCACUCAGCCCCCCACCACCCCCGCCCCUACCUUUCCACGACCCCAAGCCGAACUCCCGCACCUCAGAGCCUUCCCGGGGCCCUGCUCAGGCCCUGGCUAAGCCGCUUACCCAACUCAGUCACCCAGUUCCGCCCCCACCCCCACCCCCCUUGCCCCCACCUGUACCCUGCGCACCCCCCAUGCUAUCCCGGGGUCUGGGUCACCGGCGCAGUGAGACUAGCCACAUGAGUGUCAAGCGCUUGCGGUGGGAACAGGUGGAGAACUCAGAAGGCACCAUCUGGGGGCAGCUCGGGGAAGACUCGGACUAUGAUAAGCUGAGUGACAUGGUGAAAUACCUCGACCUGGAACUCCACUUUGGCACCCAGAAACCUGUCAAGCCUGUGCCCGGGCCAGAGCCCUUCAGGAAGAAGGAAGUGGUGGAGAUCCUGUCCCACAAGAAGGCCUAUAACACCUCUAUCCUCCUGGCGCACCUGAAGCUCAGCCCAGCGGAGCUGCGACAGGUCCUUAUGAGCAUGGAGCCCCGGCGCCUGGAGCCCGCACAUCUGGCGCAGCUGCUGCUCUUCGCGCCCGACGCCGACGAGGAGCAGCGCUACCAGGCCUUCCGCGAGGCUCCUGGCCGCCUCAGUGAGCCUGACCAGUUUGUCCUGCAGAUGCUGUCAGUCCCUGAAUACAAGACCCGCCUGCGAAGCCUCCACUUCCAGGCCACCCUGCAGGAGAAGACAGAGGAGAUCCGAGGCAGUCUGGAGUGCUUGCGACAGGCAUCCCUGGAGCUCAAGAACAGCCGGAAGCUCGCCAAGAUCCUAGAGUUUGUGUUGGCCAUGGGCAACUAUCUCAAUGACAGCCAACCCAAAACCAACAAGACCACAGGCUUCAAGAUCAACUUUCUGACAGAGCUGAACUCCACCAAGACAGUGGAUGGGAAGUCCACCUUUCUGCACAUCCUUGCCAAAUCACUGAGCCAGCACUUUCCCGAACUUCUGGGCUUUGCUCAGGACCUCCCCACCGUACCCUUGGCUGCCAAAGUGAACCAACGUGCCCUGACUGGUGACCUGGCUGACCUCCAUGGUACCAUCAGUGAGAUACAGGCUGCCUGCCAGAGCAUGUCUCCUUCCAGUGAGGACAGGUUUGCUGUGGUCAUGGCAUCCUUCCUGGAGACGGCCCAGCCUGCACUUCGGGCCCUUGAUGGGCUGCAGCAUGAAGCCAUGGAGGAGCUGGGCAAAGCAUUGGCCUUCUUCGGGGAGGAUUCCAAGGCCACCACCUCUGAGGCUUUCUUCGGUAUCUUUUCGGAGUUCAUGAGCAAGUUCGAGCGAGCACUCAGCGAUCUGCAGGCCGGGGAGGGUCCACGCAGCUCCGGGAUGACUUCUCCCCUGGCCUGGUGACGGCGGCCACGCCGCGUCCUCUGCGGCCUGAGUGAAGAGACCAAUGCUGCCGGAGAGGGCGGCGGGGACGCCGUCGAGGUCCGGGGUGCUGAUCUGCGGAGCAAUACCUCUGGCCGUGGGCUGGGCGCCGCACACAUCUCUAGCUACCUCAGCCACCAGGGCCUCCACAAGCCCCGGUGUGUCUGUGGGUUGCAAGAGCUGGGGGAGCCCACCCUGGGGAUCCACGACCCCAGUCCUGCUGUGUCCUGCAGGCUUCCCGGGCAGGUUCCUGGAAAGUGGAAUAAAGUGCUUCUGUGUGCCCCGGGGACGGUGGGCUGCGGAUUGGCUACUAAGGGAAUGUAGCUCGCCUGCUUUCUGAGCCUGCUUGGAGUGGCCCUCCUAGUAGAUGAGCCAGGAACAUGUUCGCCCACCAAGCUAGCACCCGGAGGCCCCUUGUCCAGCCAAGAAGGCAGAAAAGCAUGCAAUCUGGCAUCCUAGGACAGCCAAACGGAGUCUGUUUGGGGUGUUUGUUUUUGUUUUUGAGACAAAGUCUCCCUAUGUAGUUCAGGCUGGCCUGGAACUCACUCUGUAGCCCUGGCUGACCUUGAAUUUGUGGUGAUCACCUGCCUUGGCAUGCAUUACAGGCAUACACCACCACGCCUAGUUUCAGGCCUGAGUCUUGGAAGCAGCUGAGAGGGGGAAAGGGGGAAAGCCUUCAGCGAAAAAUUUAGGGAAAAACUGAAGUAGAAAGAUCUAUUACAUCAGACUGCAGACUAAAAAUGCAGUUUUGUUUUGCUGGGCUGGGGAUAGAACUCAGAGCUUUGCACGUGCCAGCCAAGCACUGUACCAGUGAGCUACAUCCCAGCACCCAAGAAUUGAGGUUUUGAGCCAAUGGAUGAACUCAGACUCACUUUACAGGUGUUUAGAUCAGGAGAGGCAUGGAGCAGGAAGAGGAUCAUUAAGGAGAUUGCAGAGAGCACAAGGGGUUUAGGUGGCAGAUGAGCAGGACUUGGUGGCUGGUUGUCAGGAUUCUUAGCUGGAUGGGUGGUAAAGACAGUCCCUGAAGCAGGUUGUGUGAGCAGGACAGACAUGGGAGCAGAUGAUGCGAUGUAGUAUAUGACUGGAAUCUUAGGGGCCACUUUCUGUGUCUGGAGGCAGAUAAAGGAGUCGCCUGGAUGCCAAAAUCAAGUGGAGAAAUGAAUAAGGAGCAAGGACAACUUGUUUUCCAAGUUUUCUCUUGGAUGUUUUUUUCCUUCCCAUCCCAACCAAAUGACUAGUGUUAUUUCUGGGCAGAAUUUUGGGCCCAUUUGGUUCUUUCCUAUCUUCCACAGUCUUCCUCUGAGUCCAUGUAUGUACAUUCUUUGUUCCCUCCUCACAACUCCAUGUAAAAAUGUCUAAAUGAAAAUCAUACUUCAAGGAGAAA